UGGAUUGGCGGCCUAGCCCCGUUACGCAUUCGGCUCGCAUUCACUUACCCGGGGAGGGCAGUAGAAAGGUGAUCAAUCUUCAUCAAGCUACAUUUCCAAUCACCUAAACAACCAAGCAAGACAAGCCACUCCGACAAGGUUGGCUGCCCGGCGGGUCUCUGUGAGGGCGUGAGGUAGAUGGUGAGCGGCCGCGGCGGCAGAGGACAGGCCCAGUCCCCAGACGCAACAGAGCUCGAAGGACUGAGCGGUGGGAGUUCCGCACCGCACUCGGCCUGCGGCCCCCUGGAUCCGUCGGGGCGCCUCCACCCGGCUGUUAGCAUGAUGUCUUACCUCAAACAACCUCCAUACGGCAUGAACGGGCUGGGCCUGGCGGGGCCGGCCAUGGACCUGCUGCACCCCUCCGUGGGUUAUCCGGCCACCCCGCGGAAGCAGCGGCGAGAGCGCACCACUUUCACGCGCUCGCAGCUGGACGUGCUCGAGGCUCUCUUCGCCAAGACUCGCUACCCCGACAUCUUCAUGCGCGAGGAGGUGGCGCUCAAGAUUAACUUGCCCGAGUCCAGAGUCCAGGUCUGGUUCAAGAACCGCCGUGCCAAAUGCCGCCAGCAGCAACAGAGCGGGAGCGGGACCAAGAGCCGCCCGGCCAAAAAGAAAUCAUCCCCGGUGCGGGAGAGCUCGGGCUCCGAGAGCAGUGGCCAGUUUACACCUCCCGCUGUGUCCAGCUCCGCUUCAUCUUCUAGCUCGGCGUCCAGCGCCUCUGCCAACCCGGCGGCGGCGGCAGCAGGCCUGGGCGGGAACCAGGCAGUGGCAGCCGCGUCGUCGCUGAACACUCCGGUUGCCUCGUCCAUCUGGAGCCCGGCCUCCAUCUCGCCCGGCUCGGCGCCGGUGUCGGUGUCAGUUCCCGAGCCACUGGCCGCGCCUAGCAACGCAUCGUGUAUGCAGCGCUCUGUGGCCGCGGGCGCCGCCUCAGCUGCAGCCUCCUACCCCAUGUCCUACGGCCAGGGCAGCAGCUACGGCCAGGGCUACCCAGCACCCUCCUCCUCCUACUUUAGCGGCGUGGACUGCAGCUCGUACUUGGCGCCCAUGCACUCGCACCACCACCCGCACCAACUCAGCCCCAUGGCUCCCUCAUCCAUGGCGGGCCACCAUCACCACCACCCACACGCACACCACCCGCUGAGCCAGUCCUCGGGACACCACCACCACCAUCACCACCACCACCACCAGGGCUACGGCGGCUCGGGGCUCGCCUUCAACUCGGCCGACUGUUUGGAUUACAAGGAGCCUGGUGCUGCCGCUGCUUCCUCCGCCUGGAAACUCAACUUCAAUUCACCCGACUGUCUGGACUAUAAGGACCAAGCCUCCUGGCGGUUCCAAGUCUUAUGAGUCCAGGAGUGGAAGGAAGAGAAGAAACGCAACUACCUGCGCCUUCAAUGGCCCCCGUCCUGUUGCUGCUGCUGCACCGCCCGCCUUUGCCUCGGCUUCUCCAGAACUGCAUUUUCACGCCCCCAAAAGAUGCCCGUUGCCUGCACUGUCGUACCCGUCUUUGUGCCACUUGCAUGGGGGAUGUGCAAAUCCGCCCACCCCCCGGAGGAGGGGACUGGUGCUUCGGCCUGGCCCACACAUUGUAUGCGCUGGAGCUGUGCGAUCCCCUCCCCACCCCCCACCGAAUUCCUAAAU